AUGGCACUCUCGUCGCUCACGAAAACCUUCACUUCGAAUCUUGCGCCGGACAAGCACGCUGCUUCAGAGACAUCAUCGACGGCCUUGAUUGGAGAGGGAGAGAGUGACUCUACCUUCAUCGCACCUGCAAAUAACGACAAUUGGGAUGGGGAAGGCCAUUCCAAGCGAGAUACGACGAAGCAGUUGUCGCCAGCCACUCCGACACGUGCACUAAAGCGAUCUACCAGCGAUCUGACUGUCUUGAACCAGACCCAGAAGGAGCCGAGGACUGCAGUCGCUGCGUUGAACGCUAUCCGAUCCAAAGAUGACAUGUACCACUUGGAACGUGCAAGCUUACACUCAUCGCACAUACCACUGCGAUCGCCUCUCACUACCAUAAGGCGGUCUACUAGCAACCCGCAGACUUGCCCUAGUUUGGUUGAACACAAUCCAAAAAAGGCAGAUAAACGACUUUUUGGAGCCACAGAGCCUGUUCCUGAACAGCCUCUCCGGCCUGACCAGCUUCACCGUAUACUGACGGUGGAUGGGCCAUUGACUAGAACGAGACCAGCGCUGCCGAGAUCCCCUGCAGUCCGCUCAAGCUCAGAUCCGCACCUAGGAAAUGUUUUCAUAAACUCCAAGUCGCGCGACCGUGACUUGCCAUUGAAGUCGUGUAUCAAGAAGAAGGCGAAAAGCGACACCAUCACUCCGCCUGACGGGAUUCAACAAGAUAUGAUGGAGGCUGAUGGAAAAAGGAUUCGUCGUGUCAAGACUGUCGAUUUCAAAGGAGAGUGUACCCGACCCUCGCUUUUGUAUCCUCAAAAAGCUGUCAUAUCAACGAGUUUGAACAACGUCCCAACGCAUCAUGUCAAUCCAAUUUCUAGCCCGGGUAGCAAGCCAAGGGAGUUCGCUAGGCCAUCUUGGCUGUGUCCGAAUACCAUUAGCAAAGUCAAGAGCAGUGUGGCGGACACGGCGGUGACACGAACAGAUGUACAUGUCAUCGCUAUUACGCCCUCGUGGGAUGCGCGUGACAUAACCAAUGAAGAAGAGACUGACCCAGCCACACCAACGAUGCAGAUUAUAGAAACAAAGAGUCGCAGCUACGAGGUGGUAUGGGACGAUGUACCACCCGAGCAUAAAAUCCGCGUGAGAGGUCGGCGAAGCUCUUCUGCAAGCCACUCUUUGGAGACAGCCAGUCCAGGUGCCAGACGUGGUCUUGAACGAGUCAACUCGAAACUUGCCGGGUGGACUGGCAGCUGGAACAGUCCAUCAGAGAGCUUCAAGCCCACGAUUGUGGUCUUCCCAGAUGACGAUGGUCGAGCCACUCAUUACGACUGCGCCGUGGAGGACAGAGACGAUGUACCGCUAUUGGCGCCUCCAAACAGCCAGGUCACCAGUGCCACAUCUUCUUGUCAUCCGUCUCGUCCAGCAAGUGCACCCAUGACCAGGGCGGCUUCGCAUGAAGACAUGUCAUUGGAAGCUGCGUUGCACGAAAAGCCCCUGCAUGCUGCCCAGGAUUUGCUGCAGCCCUCGCUCCUCGUACCCAAUCCUGAGAUGCAUUCCAAAGGACGCAGGAACCCACAUUUUGUCAUGUUUCGCCAGCUGUCGAACCUCGAGGAGGUAGAUACGAAAUUCCGUGGUCAUCGCGAUUCGGUCACCAUGGCCCAUGCUCGUCUUGUACGCUCUGGACGAGUCUCACCUGAGCUAUUUGAAGGCCGAGACUCUUCGACUGCAGCUAAGAAGCGGAUGUACAAUCGAGAUCAUGCGAAGUCAGCAGUACGAGCGAGUUUUCAACCCAAGGCGUUGUCGACUGAGGCGCUGGAUCUUGUUGAGGGCAAUGGAAUUUCCAAGGCGCCAUUGCCUACGGUUAAGGAGCAUGCUGCACAGGCACUGCAGAGUGGUAGCCCGCUAUCGAUUCUUCGCUCACCGCAACGUAUUGCUGAUCAGCGGCAUAUCCGGAUUGUCGAAUAG